AUGCGUCGUAGUGAUGUUUAUAAAAGGAGGAUCGCUCAGGUCAAGAAGCUGCCCACAAAGAGCAUUCCUCAAUACCCCACUACUCUCCCUGUUUACCGAGCCUGCCUUGGUGUACUGUACACCACUGCAUUCAACAUCCUGUGCACACUUGGAUGCGCACUCCUCGAAACUAGUAGCACUGAGAUAUUUCUCGCCAAAAUAGAAGUCGAGCAUGGUGUCGCACGCGAUGCUGAAGCUGACACAAUUGGGUGCCAUGUGUGCGUUCGGGAUGUUUUUCCAGGCACGCGGAUUCUCUGGGAGAGGGGCGGCGGUACAUUUGCUGAUGGGAUGCGCUGCGACAAAGUUGAGGAAGAGACACUACCAGACUAUCUCCCAGCGCGUUAUUACCCCGUGCGUAUCGGCCAAGUCUUUAUCGAUCGUUAUCAAGUGGUUGGGAAGCUUGGCUUCGGCGCCAGCUCGACAGUUUGGCUCGCGAAUGACCUGAGCAAAAAACGCCAUGUCGCACUCAAGGUCUUCAUACGCUCACAAGCACUUGGGGAGCAUGUCGAAAAUGAGAUGAAUAUGUAUAAGCGCAUGGAGCAGUGCGCAUCCAACCACCCAGGUCGCAGCGCUGUCAGGACCCUGCUAGACUCUUUCCAAAUCAAGGGUCCGGAUGGCGAUCAUCUUGUCCUCGCGCACCCACCACUCUUGAACAGCAUCGAAGCAACCAUCCGUCACAGUUCUCCUCGGAGGCUUCAUCCCUUUGGCGCGCGCUACGUCUUGAAAGAUCUUUUUAUGGCGUUGCAUUAUCUACAUUAUGAUUGUCAAAUCAUACACACUGAUAUCAAAGCGGACAACAUUAUGUUCAGUAUCACGGACCCAUCUGUUUUCACGGAAUUCGAGGAGGAAGAGAUGCGCGAUCCUUGUCCUCGGAAAGAGGUAGAUGGGAGAACCAUCUAUACUUCCCGCACAAUGAAACCUACUGACAACAUCGGCCCACCGGUAUUAUGUGACUUUGGUUCUGCCGUGCUUGGAGAUUCCGAGAACGUCGAGUGCGUCCAGCCCAACGUCUACAGGUCCCCAGAGGUGACAUUGGAAAAUCCAUGGGAUUACAAGAUUGAUAUCUGGAAUGUCGGCUGUAUGGUUUGGGAUAUCUUCGAGGGGAACCAACUCUUCCACGGUAUAGACCCGGAACAUCAUGAGUAUCGACGAAGGGCCCAUCUCGCUGAAAUUGUCGCAUUACUCGGUCCUCCGCCAAAGGAGCUCCUCGCUCGGGGUAAACUUGCUCAUAAGUUCUUCUCAGAUGAAGGCACAUUUAUUGGUGGGAUAGAUCUGCCAGCCUCGAAAUCGCUAGAUGAGAUCGAGACACUUCUCGAAGGAGACGAAAAGAAACAAUUUCUAGAGUUCAUGCGGAAGAUGCUCCAGUGGGCUCCAGAACGACGAAGUACUGCUAGAGAGCUUUUCCAAGACGCUUGGCUACAGCAGUAG